AUGGCACACCCACGAUCGUUAAUAGCUCCUCUGAGCAGGCUCACUACAAGCUCAAUCGCCGUAUCGAGACCACAAGUCCAGCGCUUCGCCCCAGUACCGUACCAGUCGAUACGAUGCGCAACCACCAAAGCACAGCCGAAGAAAAAGAAGAAGGCGCGGAACACAUUUCUGCAAUAUGACUUGAAGAGGGCAGAUCAAUUCUCACUCGUCGACGCAAUGCAAUAUAUCCGCGCCUUUGAAGUAGGCCGCAACCCGUCUUCCUCCAAAUACGAACUACACGUUCGGUUACGCACACUCAAAAACGGUCCUGUAGUACGAAACCGCUUACGGCUUCCUCACCCUGUCAAGACCGAUAUACGGAUCUGUGUCAUCGCCGCCCCCGACUCCAAAGCCGCCGCUGAAGCCAGGGCUGCUGGUGCUGCGCUGGUAGGAGAGGACGAAAUAUUCAACCAGAUCAAGGAAGGCAAGAUCGACUUUGACAGAUGUGUGUGUCACAUUGAUAGUCUCCAAAAGAUGAACAAAGCGGGGCUAGGAAGAGUGUUAGGUCCCAAGGGUCUGAUGCCCAGCACAAAGGCAGGAACGGUUGUCACGCAGGUGGGCACCAGUGUCCGGAAUAUGGUUGGUGGUAGCGAGUACAGAGAACGUCUGGGCGUCAUUCGCAUGGCAGUUGGCCAGUUAGGCUUCACACCGGAAGAGAUGCAAAGAAAUGUCAAGGCAUUCAUGGAUGCGCUAAAGAAGGACAUGGCGCAGAUGAGUGAUCGCAUCAACAAGGAGAUCCACGAGGUGGUUCUCAGCUCGACGAACUCACCUGGCUUCUCAUUGAGUGGAGACUUCAGAGGGCCCGAGUCCAUAUCGCCAAAGGAGUUGAGUGGACCUCUGUAA